GUACUUGCAAAGACUCUUAUCAUUAAUAGAAAAGUAUAAAACUGGCAUUAUUAUUGAGAAAAUUUUAUUUCAAGAUGUUACUCAAAUUCGUAAUUUGUGUUUUAUUAUAUUUCGAGUUAUCUUUGGCCCAAGAAAUUUUGGUAACAAUACCAAAUGGGCAAAUACGAGGUAGAAUGGAAUAUUCCAUGAGAAAAACCGGCGUUCCAUUUUAUGCUUUCCAACAAAUUCCAUAUGGGAAAGCGCCAGUUGGAAAUCUGAGAUUCAAUGAACCACAGCCCGCUGAACCUUGGGAGGGAAUUUUAGAUGCCACAAAUAAUACGAAAGUUUGUUAUCAAGUAACUAACGGUUUCAAUAUACCAAAUUUGGAAACGGUCCAAACUGAAGAUUGUCUCUUUGUAAACGUUUACACACCCCAGUAUCCGGAUCCAAAAAACGCACUUCCAGUUAUGGUAUGGAUCUACGGAGGAGGCUUUAUUAAUGGAGUUGCAAACUUCGAUCAAGCUGGACCUCAUUAUUUCAUGGAAAAUAAUGUUAUGAUUGUAACAAUCAACUACCGCGUUGGACCGUUUGGAUUUUUAGCCACAGAUGAUCUAGCAAGUCCUGGAAAUUAUGGAUUGAAAGAUCAAAACCUCGCUUUAAGAUGGAUACGAGACAAUAUCAAAUAUUUUGGUGGUGAUCCAGAUAAAAUAACCAUUUUCGGAACCAGUGCUGGAGCUGCUUCAGUAUCAUAUCACUUCAUGAGUAAAAAAUCUGAAGGACUCUUCUGGGCUGGAAUUUCUACAAGUGGUUCAAUUUUAGUACCAUGGGCUUACCAAAAAGACCACAAACAAAUAGCUUACAAAAUUGCAACGUAUAUCAAUUCUAGCUUUGAUCAAAAUGCAUCAACUGAAGAACUUGUACAAUAUUUGCGAAGUUUGCCAGCAGAUACUGUAAAUGAAGCUGCAGCUAAAUGCGUUUUGGACACCAUUGGACAAGAAGAGAUCGUACAAGGAUUCUUUUAUGCUCCUGUUAUGGAACCGGAACAUGAAAAUGCUUUUAUAACCGAACGUAUGUAUGCUGCUAUAGAAGAAGGUAGAAUGAACAGAGUUCCACUUAUGAUCGGUAUUGAUUCAGAGGAAGCUUUGACAAGAGCGCAAGAUCCAAAUUGGAUCACUUACAUACAAUACUACGAUCAAGAUUCCAAAUUACUGAUUAACAACAACAUGGGUAUAACUGACGAAAAUAUCAGAGCAGAAGUUGGCCAAAAAAUCAAAGAAAUUUUCACCGAUGGUUCAUUCUUAGACAAGCUUUAUUCAGCUAUAAGAUAUUUCAGUGACAUGUCAUUUAACCGUCCAAUCAUCCGUCACGCAGAGCUGCAAUCCCAAUAUAGUGAUGUUUACUUCUACGAAUUUUCCUACAGUGGACAGCUUGGUGGUACUAAUAAACAAUUCGUAGAUGGAGCUGAAAAAGUUCAGCAUUCAGAAGACGGAAACUACUAUUGGACAUUCGGUAAUUGGACUGUAUUAGAUAAUUUCCCUCCAGAGGACGUUUUAACCAGUGAAAGAUGGCGCCUGUUACUUACUAAUUUCGCUAAAUACAGAAAUCCAACACCAGAACCGAAUGAAAUCUUGGAGAAUAUUAUAUGGCCAAAGCUUGUAUCUGGUAGUUUCCAAUACCUCAAUAUCAAUAAAACCCUUACUAUAGUAUCAGACUAUCCAAAAAGUGACACUUACCAUAAAUGGGUUGAGCUAUAUGAAACUUACGCAGUCAAACCAUAUAUAAAUUUCUAAAAAUUUUGCUGUUAUAAUAUUGUUUGCAUUAAAAUUUUUAAAAAAUUA